GACAAAAUGUCUCUGCUGAAACUAAUUUCUGUGGAUAUUUUCCUCAGAGCCUUAUGUAUUCUCACUCUCUUGGGGAUUAUUUUUACUAUAUUCCUGGCUAUUUAUAUAUAUCGCAAACGGUCUCUAUACAAGCACAUUCCCGGGCCAAAGAUAGAUAGCUUUUUCACUGGAAACCUGCCUUCCAUAAACAAGCAAAUAUACGUCCAUAAAAGAGCUCUCUCAGAGCUUUGGUAUGACUGGCAUAUGGAAUUUGGUCCUGUGUUUGUGAUUUGGGCAUUUUUUACACCAAUUGUAACUGUUUUGGACCCUGAAGAUAUCAAGAAACUCCUGAUAACUCUCAAUUUGCCUAAGUCUGCCCGAACCUACAAUAAGUUAGCAUAUCCCUAUGGUCACCGUUUUACGGGAAAUGGCAUCUUGACAGAAUUAAAUCACGGCAUUUGGAAGAAGAAACGAAGUAGGUUGGAUAAAGCCUUCCACAGAUCCUAUUUGAUAAAUUUAAUGGCAUCUUUCAAUGGGAUCUGUAAUGUGUUUUUGGAYAARAUUGGAAAGUUAGCUGAUGGGAAAACAGAAGUUGAGAUGUCAGAAGAAUUUGGAAGAGUUACGUUGGAUGUAAUCGGAAAGGUUGGCUUUGGAAUAGACAUCAAUGCAGUAGAAAAUGCCAGUAGUCCAUUUCCAAUCGCAGUGUCCAAAACCCUAGAAGGAGUGCAAACCUUUUUUAGAAAUCCCCUGUCUUUCAUUCAGGUCUGGAACUGGCCUUAUCAAAAUGAUGUAAUCAGAAAAAUCCAAUACUUACGGCAAUUUGCACAGGAUGUGAUUGAAAAAAGAAUCAUCAAUGGCAGCAACGGCCACAAGGAUAUUUUGACCCAUCUUGUUUCAUUGAAAGAAUCAAAUGAAAAUGACGACUACAAUAUGGAAAGCAUGGUGGAUGACUUUGUGACGUUCUUUGUUGCUGGUCAAGAAACUACCUCAAAUCAGCUGGCCUUUACUUUGUUUGAAAUCCUAGACCAUCCAGAUAUUAACAACAAAGUCAUAGAAGAGGUAGAACAUAUUCUGGGAGAUAGGAAGUUUGUUGCAUAUGAAGAUAUUGGAAAACUAGAAUAUCUUGGAAUGACAUUGAAAGAAAGUUUAAGAAUGCAUCCACCAAUUGGGGGCACCCAGCGCAUGUUAACCAAACAAGAAACCAUUGGAGGUUAUGUUAUUCCAGAAAAUACUCCAAUUUAUGUUUCAUUCUAUCUCACCCACAAUAGUCCCCUCAACUGGAAGGAGCCAGAAGUGUUUGAACCCAGAAGAUUUGAAUUGAAAAAUAAAACUGGUCGCUCAAGUACUGUUUAUACACCUUUUUCAACUGGACCACGUUCAUGCAUUGGGAAGACACUGGCAGAAUUUGAAGCAAGAGUUAUAAUGGCAAGGUUGUUCCAGGAAUUUGAGCUUGAGCUUGUUCCUGGUCAGAAGUUAGAAAAGGUUGAGCAAAUAACAAUUCGACCAAAAGGUGGUGUGAAGUGUUUGAUAAAAAGAAGAAAAAAGUGAUAAUUUGAAUGAUUUUGUAAAGUGUAGUUUUACAUAUGAUUCAAGUAAAGCAGGGCAAAAGAUAAGAGCUAGUCAAUGGUGAAAGUCAAAGGGCAGACAUAGUCACACUUGGGCUUUACUACUACAUAAAGUGUUUGCUUGCUUAACUGUCUUUCAAAAAAAAAGCAUGAGUGGUCAAUAUAUGAGCGCCAUUCAGAAUUCAUAAUUAAAUAACAAUGCGCUUAAGAACUAGGGAACUCUCUAUUGUUCUGCGGCAUUGCAACUUUCCCACAUACGAAUGUCUU